GGGAAUGCGGAACCGGAGGAAUCCGUAACCGUACAGCAGAGCAGAGUCUCUCCGUGCAUUGUCUUCACAAACAGUCCGCGGUGCGCCUUCACGCCGAGCAGAGCUCCCCCAGCGCCGCUCCCCUGCUCACCUCCAGCCGGCGCGCAGCGACAGCAAAAUGGAAGUUAAAUGGCUGACAAACGGAGUUGUUUAGUGCGCCUCACGGGGACAAGAAUGUCCCAGAAAAGCGACGCGAACUCUUACCCAGAUGGGUACAGGGUCCUCAAUAGCUGCGAACUACGGGAGCUCCUACAAGAUGAAGACAAAAUGAAUCAGAUCGUGCGACUCAGUGAAAAGUUCCAGGAGCUCCAGAUGGACAGGGAUACCUUGUUAGUAACCAAUCGGAGUCUUGCAGAAGAUAGCCUUACCCGUCGGCCUCACCUUCAAAAUGGCAAGCUGCAGUUGGCUGCAAAGUAUGAAGAACUGGCAACACUGAGCACCGCCUGCAGGGAAAAGCAAAGCCGACUUGAGGCCUUCACGGAGAAGCACAGCCCCCAGACUGCCCACAAUCUGCUGCAGGAGGAGGUCACGCGUGCCGAAGAACAGUCUGAGGAGCUGCUGGAGAGAUUCAUGGAGGGCCACGUGCCCCUGGAGGAGUUCCUGGAUUGUUUUCAAAGCCACAGGAAGACAUACCACAUCCGCCGCGCUCAAGCCGAGAAGCUCCAGGAGCUCAACAGACCCGGCAGGAAAGCCAAGAAACAAGAGGAGGAGCAGCACAAGAGGGAGGACCAGCUCAAGGAGUCCCAUUCUAACGGCAUCAGCGGCCCGCCUCGGGUCUUCCAACUUCGCUACGGCCUGACCCCGGCCAUCCUGCUGCCUCUGUCAUCUUCCUCCGCCUCAAUACUGGACUCUCGCUCGGGCCAGCCACAGGGGUCAGGCCCCAGCGCCCCACACUCCUGCCCAGGGCAGCCUGUCGGCCUCAGAGUAAUAGGACAGUUACCUGGCUGGCCUGUCAGGCCGGUGCGCCUGCAGCAGCUGUACAGGCCCAGUCCCCAUCAGCCUGAACCACCAUGUCGAUAACG